AUGGCUACCAACGCUGCGCAGACGGAGAUUGCGCUGGAGAAGACGGCUGCCCACCAUGUGGAGGACACGCUGGGCGCCGGGGCAAUCGUCGAGGCGAAGCAGGCGACCGACGAGGAGCGCGAGCAAACGUUGUGGCAGGCGCUCCGAGACAAUCGGAAGGCCGUCGGCUGGUCGGUCUUGAUUUCCAUGUCCAUCAUCAUGGAGGGCUACGACACCAUUCUGAUGGGCAACUUCUUUGGCUACCCGACCUUUCAGAAGAAGUUUGGCCAGGAUUACGGUGGUGAUAUUGGGUGGCAGGUGUCUGCUCCGUGGCAGACGGGGCUGAAUAUGGCCAGCACGGUUGGUUGCAUUUUUGGCGGCAUCAUCAAUGGAUACGCGGCAUCGCGUUACGGCUACCGAAAGGUCAUGUUCGUGGCCUUGUGUUUCUUGACGGCAUUUAUCUUCAUUGUCUUCUUCGCACCUUCGGCUGCUGUGCUGCUCGUGGGUGAGAUCCUCUGCGGUCUGUCAUGGGGAGUCUUUGCAACAAUCGGUCCCGCGUAUGCUUCCGAGGUAUGCCCGACCAAUCUGCGCGGAUACCUUACAACUUACGUGAACAUGUGCUGGGCGAUCGGCCAGCUUAUCGCCAUGGGCGUGCUGUAUGGGCUACAGGACCGACCCGACGAUUGGGGCUACCGCAUCCCCUUUGGUCUCCAGUGGAUAUGGCCCCUGCCACUGAUGGUGGUGUGCUGGCUGGCGCCCGAGAGCCCUUGGUACCUGGUCCGGAAAGAUCGCUUGGAGGAUGCCAAGCGCAGCAUCCGCCGACUAGGCGGAAACAAGACGGAAGAGCAGGUCAACGGCCAGCUGGCGAUGAUGGUGCACACCAUCAAGCUCGAAGCGGAGAUCGAAGCAGGGACGACCUACCUUGACUGCUUCAAGGGCGUUGACCUCCGCCGCACGGAAAUUUGCUGCGUCGCCUUCUUCGGCCAGAUCCUCUCCGGCAGCAGCUUCGCCUAUUCACCAACCUACUUCUUCGAACAGGCCGGCAUGGACCCGGGCAAGGCUUUCCAGCUCGGCGUCGGGUGCACGGGCGUUGCCCUCGUCGGCGUCAUCCUAUCCUGGUGGCUCAUCACAUACUUCGGCCGCCGGACACUAUACGUCGGGGGGUUGGCCAUGCUAUGCACAUUCCUCAUGCUCAUCGGCAUCAUCAACGCAUCGACAAACACAACAAGCGGCAUGUGGGCCCAGGCCUCAUUCUGCUUUCUCUGGCUCUUCGUUUACUCCAUGACCGUCGGCCCAGUAACCUACUCGCUCGUCUCGGAGAUCUCCUCGGUUCGUCUCCGCCCGCUCACCGUCUGCCUCGCGCGCACAGCGUACCAGGUCGUCAACGUCGUCUCGCAGGUCCUCGAGCCGUACUUUAUGAACCCGACCGCGUGGAACGCCUCGGGGAAGACAGGCUUCUUCUGGGGUGGUACUGCGCUGAUUGUGUUUGUCUGGGCGUACUUCCGUUUGCCGGAGCCCAAGGGCCGCACGUAUGCUGAACUGGAUAUCCUGUUUGCGACUGGUGUCCCCGCGCGGAAAUUUGCUUCUACGCCUGUUGAUGUGUAUGGGGUUGGGCCCUCGCCGUCCCAGGAGGGUCUUGUGCGUGGGGCGCCGGCUCCGGCGCAGGAGCAGGAGAAGCAGUGA